CACCAGACUUAUUGUCAAAUAUUGUCCAUGAGCAAAUGGGUAGUACGUCAAAAUUUUUAUAUUUUUUUGUGUUACAAAAUUGAAUCAUGAUUCCAAUAGCAGCCAAUAUUCCAUUAACUUUAUGCUCGGUUGUCAUCAGACGAUGUAUUGAUUCAUACACAAGACGACUUCCUUUAGCUGUGGCAUCCAGGUCUAUAUCCACUACUUCGACUGUAGCCGUUCUCUCAGGAGCCUUCGUUUGUCUGUACCACCAACUACGCAGAGGAACCCUCUUGCCACGUGGAGUUGGCAGGAGAGUUUCAGCAGUGGUGCGAAAUUCCAGACACACCAUUCAGCGCCGAAUAAAGAGGCCCUCCUGGUUCCUGCGGAACCUGACUUCUUGUCGGCAAUCAUGUGCUGAAGCGAUUCUAGGGAUCGCACAGCCAGCCGACGAUUCUCUGGAUCAGAUUCAAGCUGAGACUGGAGCGGUUGAGAAUGAUGGGGCAAUAUCUGGAACGACGAGCCUUCCCACCCUCAACCGGCGACACUGCUCCAGGAAUAGGAGAUUUGUUAAACAUUCCAAAAAGCCACCUGUAAAAAACCUAUACAGUAAUAGAUCAUUCGACUCCAACGACCACUCGGAUCAUGACAUUCGAUUGGUAGACGUUGAUGAGCAAGGAGAAGAAGGAAAGUCAAAAAACAACAAUGAAAAUGUCCAGGGAAGGCCAAUAACAAGGAACUUUCGCAAAUCGUUACUAGCUAAAGCGGGGUGUGGUGAUGAAAGCCCAUUAUUGCCGAAAAUGCGGAAAAGAAUCGAAGACACACCACCAGCCAAGAAGGAAGAUUGCUGCCAAUUGGACAAGGAAUCGUCAGAUUAUUUAUCGCCCCUGUCGUUGACUCCGAUUAACAAGGUGCGAUCUCCAUAUGGUCAAUCGAGUUCUUCAAAUACAUCGUCCAGAAGGCACUCCGAUCCACUGGAAAAACAGCGUAAAAGACAGAAAGUUACUCGACAAACCAGAAGCGGGAAAGUGUACUAAACGUAUACUAUGAAAAUUCUGCUCAGAAAUUUUUGUGCAAUAUUAAAGGGGUGUCCAGUA